CUUUAGAGGACAUGGAAGUGCUUUUUGGUAAUUUUAUCAAGUGAGGGUCUGCUUUAAAGGAUGAGCAAAAGGAGGAUCCAGAUGGGAACUAAAGCUUAAGAAUAGUGUGAUAAAUGUAUCUCUUCUUCUUCUUCUUCUUCUUCUUUUCUCAAGAUGUUAGAUUAGUUUAUCUCUUCUUCUUCUUCUUCUUCUUCUUCUUUUCUCAAGAUGUUAGAUUAGUUUUUUCUUUCCUUCUUUUUUUAGCAAGGAUGGGAGACUGGAGCAAAUAACGCUUGAGAUGGUGUGAAGAUGAGAAGCUUGUGGACGUUCAUGGAAAAGAAGAAGAACAAAAAUCAGAUAUCUAAUGAAUCAAAAAGAUAAUAUAGUGAAUAUCCCUUCUUCUUUUUAUCUUAAAUACUUCUCGCAAUUAGCUAAUUAUGGGAACAGUAAUGUGUUCGGAAAACAGAAUUCACCGGCUUGUGUGUAAAAAGAUGGAUACCUGUCAAUUAUCGGAGAUUGAAAUGAACAUGUAAGAAAUGAGCUUCGUGUAGUAGCCUUGGAUUGGUUGAUACCUGCCAUAUAAUUGGGUUCCCUUUUAUUCAUUGGUACGCGUUGUCUUCUUCUGUUUUACUUUUCUACACAUUUCCCUUUCCUACAUGACAAAGGAAACUGGAAUUUGAGUGGUCGGUUCACGUCUUAGAAUAAGUGGUUCCUUUUCUUGGAUGGAAUGCAUGAACUUGAAUUACUUGCAACCAUGGCUAAAGGGAUCUUUCCUUUUCUUUAUUAUCCUUUUUUCCUGCUGUUUUGAUUUUAUUGAUUUUAUUUAGGCUGAAAUGCAGCGAAAACAACGGGUUAAAAGAGGUGGUCCAGCUGUAAUUGAUAAUGUAUUAAAAUCUAAGAUGCGUAAAUAAGAGGUUAUUUAGUGUUUGAGAUGGUGGUUAAUCAAUAUGUUCAAGUGCUUGAAUUUUUUAUGAGUCCCGUUGAAUGCAAAGGCAAAACUAGCUGGUUUGACAGAGAGGUUCCAUGGUGCAAAUUUUGGACCAGCAAGGAGAGGGAGGCAGUAGAAAAGUAGGGUUUCAUCAAACAAUAUUUGAAUAGCUUACCCAGUUCUGUACACACCCCAAGGCCCCAGUAACAUACGAUCUUCACAAUACCAAGUCAAUAAAAAAACAGAAACAAAUCACCUCUCCCCCUACAACAAAAUGAAAAAAAGAAAAGAAAAAGGCGAGGAUAGAAGGAAAAAUCACUUGUCCCACUGGACGAUCACCGCAACUUCAAGUGUGGCCAUCAAGUUACUGGCAGAGCAUGCUCUUGUUAUGCAAGAAUUAGUGGUUAUCAAUGAAGCCCUACGGAUUAGUGGUGGAGUUGGGAUCCUAAGAAGAACAAAACAAGACAUUCAAGUAAACGGAUACACGAUUCCAAAAGACUGGUGGACUAAAGUAAAGGGAGGGGGGCUUGUUAGAGCUCCAUUGCUAGUGCUCGAGAAUGGGUAUUACAUCAUGGUCUCGGGAAGAAAAAAGAAGAAGAAGAAGAAGACAGAAUGAAGGCAGAAAAGAGGAAUAUCAAAUAUAGAUUAUCCAAUAACAAAUGCAAGGGAUACAUCAACUCUGUUAUUCUUUAUUCUAACUACCUGAACUUUUAAAAUGAUUGAUGCA